UACUUUUUCCGCUGUGCGCAGAAGUUGCCAGUCACAGGAGCCACAAUGGCGUUUGUAGUCUCCUGCAGAUUGAGCGGUGGAUGUUCUUAAAUCCACUAGCAUCGCCCUGAAUAUAGGCCUGGUGGACUCCCAGAGCCAUUUAUAAUAAACUGGAACAUCUACUGCACACGAAAAUAUUAUGAUUUCAUUGCAGCAUUGAGUUAGUAGUCGGAAAAAACUUGCAUUAAAGGCAACAUGUAAUAGCGGCAACCGGCUCAAGUUUUCAUUUUGUGCGAGAAACGAGCGUCUUACAGUGAAGACGUUUCUGGUUUCUCAACAACCAGACCGUAAUUCUGUGGAAUGAAAGCACCUUUACUUAACUUGGCACUGGACAAGGACAGCUUUCACAAAGGGACUUUUUUCUUUUUCCAAGAGUCGGCUCGGUAGCCGCCGAGCAUUAGCUAGCGCCGCUAGCUACUCUGAGACGGAGACGACGCCGAAAUGGUCAGACUUUCGCUUGGAUUUCCCCCUCGUCGAAUCUAAUGGAGAAUACCUGAAGGAACACGGGGACUCAUUCGUUAUAUCCUGCGCUAAGAGGCGACGACUGUGAAGUAAGUGGAAUGAAUCGGUGGUGAGGGGGACCGGACGCGUGCGGCCUGCUCCGUUUGUUUAGUCUAAUCCCGUUCCACUUGAAACGUCGAAGCGGUGGUUUGUGUUUGGAGUUUACGACACUCUAGUCUUUAUGAAGGUGUGUGGACGGCCGAGACCUAGUCGCGGGAGAGGACCAGAGGCCGAUGUGAGUGAUGCCUGGGUCGGACCGACACCAUGGGACCAAGAGAAAGCUACAAACUAGCGUCAGCGGUUUGUCACAUCAGACCAAGGGCCUGCCUCAUACAUCUGCAGGUGACAUGACGAGUUACGACGGGAAGGCGCAUUAUAAGUCUUCGAUGUCCUCCUCGAAGCGCAAGCGGCAUAAGUUGAAAAAACAUUCUCGGGAAUCUUUGGCAGUAGAGGCCGAAGACUUUGGGCUCAGCUACACGGCGCCACCUGGUGUCCAUGCUGUCAAACCUCUGGUGGAGUAUGACGAUAUCAGCUCGGACUCGGACACCUUUUUGGACCCACCGUCCAUCCGACCCCCUGACAAGGUAGCUGUGGAACACUUGGAGCUGUCGCCUGAGUACAGCCGAGAAGAUGUGGACAGAGACCUUGCCAUCAGGGAAAGCAAAGGUCAUGGGCACUCGCGAAAAAAAUCAAAGGACCCCCACAAAUUAAGAGACCCGGGGAAUGGGGAACGCAGUACCAAGAAGAAAAGCAGCAAGGAUCUAGAUAGACUCAUUCCGGGGAAGGUGAGGGACAAAGAUGCCUCGUCGGCUUCCUCAUCCAAACAUCAGCUCCAACAGGUGUCAGACUUUAAACGUGGGGAGCUGAUGCUUUCUCUCCAGGUGCAACCUGCAGCAGGAAGUGCCACCUCUUCUGCAUCCUCAUCUCGCAGCAAGGAGAGCAGUCGCUCCGGGAAGUCGCGUAAAGACAAACAGCAGAGGAGAGAAGCCAGAGAAGAAGGCAGCCACAGCGCUUCUCAGAGGACUCGCAUGGACAGAAGUCAUCGCAAGUCCUCCAAGAGUCGCAAGUCCAGCCCUAAGGGCAAGUCCUCAAGUAAGGGAAGUCCUCGCAGGAAGGGAGCCGCUGCUGGUCUGUCCCCUGGCAGCGAUAGUCCACUGCCCUACAGUCAUGGUGAUGACAGUUACUCAAGACGCAGACAGAUCCAGAGGAGCCCCAGUCCUUAUGGGGGGGAGACGUCUCACCGCAGCAGGCAGAGAUCAGUGAGUCCGUAUGGUGUAAGGCAUCGGUCCUCAAGCUACGAGAGAGACAGCAGUCCAUAUUUAAGAAGGCGCUCCAUCAGCCCCUACGCUACCCGCAGGUCGUCUAGUACCAGCCCCAUGUCUCGGCGCUCGGGACGGUCCAGGAGCCGUUCCCCACUACUCUACUCAUCUCGCCGCUCUUCGUCUCGUUCCCGCACCAAGAGACAGUUCUCUUCCCUCGGAGCUGGUGCAAGCUCCCACAGCAGCCGUCCCUCUAGCCGCUCUCCCCCUUCUUCCCGUCUACCCCUGAACUCCAGCCUCGGCGCCGAGUUGAGCCGUAGGAAAAAGGAACGGCAAGCCGCUGAGGCAGCGGCGGCUCGUGCUAGCACAGGCUCUACCUCCCCAUCAAUACGAAAACCAGCAGCCCCCUCCACCGCUCCUGCACGAGCUGCAAAAGUAGAGGCGCCGCUCCCAGAGAAAGACUCAUCUGCUGCCGAGUCACAGCAGCCUACACCAGUUCAGUUGACGCAAGACUUUCCCAGCAGUGAAGACCAGUCUACUGAACCACCACCACCCUCCUCCUCCUCGACCAGUUCGCCAGCCAUCUUGCCACCUCCGCCCCCUCCCCCUCAGCCUUCUUCUCCUGGCCCAAGUGCCACACAGAUUACAACACCAACUCAACUCGAAACAAAUAUCCAGCCUCCUGCUCCGUCAGCUUUAUCCAAAUCUCCAGCUGCCGUGCCUGCACAGAGCCCUCUCCGGCAACCUCCUCUCCACAAGACAUCAACCCUCCCCCCCUUGCCUCUUCCACCUGUACUACUGGGAACCACUCAGGACAGCCCGAAGAAGCCCUCACUUUCUUCAAGGCCAUCUAAGAAAGAGAAGGAAAUCCGCAGCCGGCCUUCCAUCAUCGACCUUCCUUUGCCUCCAACCCUGCCUGGGAUUGACUCCUCGCCUCCACAGUCCCCCAUCUACCACUCUCCAAUGUUGGCCAUGCCAGCGCUCAAGAAAAGACCAAAGAUUUGUUGCCCCCGCUAUGGUGAGCGCAAACACACCCUGAGCGACUGGGGCAAGCGAUGUGUGGAUAAAUUUGACAUCAUUGGCAUCAUCGGUGAGGGCACCUACGGCCAAGUGUAUAAGGCCAAGGACAAAGACACUGGUGAGCUGGUGGCUCUGAAGAAAGUGCGCUUAGACAACGAGAAGGAGGGUUUCCCCAUCACCGCCAUCCGAGAGAUCAAGAUCCUGCGGCAACUCAAGCACCAAAGUGUGGUCAACAUGAAGGAGAUCGUCACUGACAAGCAGGACGCGCUGGACUUUAAAAAAGAUAAAGGAGCAUUUUAUCUGGUGUUUGAAUACAUGGACCAUGAUCUCAUGGGCCUGCUGGAGUCAGGUCUGGUCCAGUUCUCCCAUGAGCACAUCCGAAGUUUCAUGCGGCAGCUGAUGGAGGGUCUGGAUUAUUGCCACAAGAACAACUUCCUGCACAGAGACAUCAAGUGCUCCAAUAUACUGCUCAAUAACAGAGGUCAGAUCAAACUGGCUGACUUUGGUUUGGCUCGGUUAUACAACUCAGAAGAAAGUCGGCCGUACACUAAUAAAGUGAUCACACUGUGGUACCGUCCUCCGGAGCUGCUGCUGGGGGAGGAAAGAUACUCUCCAGCCAUCGACGUGUGGAGCUGUGGGUGCAUUCUGGGAGAGCUCUUCACCAAGAGGCCCAUCUUUCAGGCAAAUCAAGAGCUUCUGCAGCUGGAACUCAUCAGUCGUCUCUGUGGAAGUCCGUGUCCGGCAGCUUGGCCCGACGUAAUCAAACUUCCUCUCUUCAAUUCCAUGAAGCCCAAAAAGCAGUACAGGCGGCGACUGAGGGAGGAGUUCGCCUUUUUACCAACGUCUGCCCUGGAGUUGUUUGACCGAAUGCUGACGCUCGACCCCUCCCGCCGUUGCACUGCAGAGAUGGCGCUGAGCAGCGAGUUUCUCUCUGAUGUGGACCCCAACCGGAUGCCCCCCCCAGAUCUUCCCCACCACCAGGACUGCCACGAGCUCUGGAGCAAGAAGAGACGGCGUGCGCGUCAAAGCGGGGCUCAAGAGGAAGUGCCUGUACCCAAAGUGCCCCGUAAGGAUACGUCAGGGACUUCAAGUGGGGAAAACAGUCGACCCCCGACAAGCCCAGCUGGAGCACCGCCGCCGGGAAACCCCCCCACCGCUGCUGCUAUCACGGAGAGUCUGGGAGCUGCCGCAGCGCAGUUGAACCAGACAGAGUUGGCGGUGCUCCUCAACCUCCUCCAGGGACAGACGGAUCUCAGCAUGCCCCAGGUGGCCCAGCUCCUGAACCUCCCAAACGCAGAGACUCUAAUCCAAUCGUUGUCCGUGCUCAGCGAGUCCUCUGACAACCAGGGGCCUCACGAGGACCAGUCCCACUCAUCCACCAAGCCUCAGCCCCCGGAGCCGGCGGCUGAAACCCAGGAGUCCUCGCCCUCAUCUGGAGAUCCACCACAGGUGCCGGAAGACCAAGCCAAGCUCCUGGCUCUGCUUUUGGGCCACAUUAUCAAGCCCCAGUCAGAAGAGCAGAGUGAAGAGAGCAACGGGAUCCAAUCAGAGGAGGCACUGAGGCGUGGCUCCUCCACCUCUACUACUACUGACCGCAAGGAUGCUGCUGCACCCCAACGGAAAAGACAAGGGGCCAACCAAGUGCCUCCCUCUGGGGAGCAGCGUCCGCCGUCUCCACCUGGACCCCCACCUGGACCCCCACCUUCUUCCCUACCUGCUGGACUGGCAGAGCAGGGACUGUCAGAAACUCUGCUGGGCCAAGACAUCACCCCUGCGGUGGCCGCCGCUUUGCUCCAGCUCAUCUCUCAGUCAGACUCUGAAACAGGCGCCUCCCAGCAGAGCAAGGACACCUCUCCUGCUGUGGACUCGGCUGCCCCGGGACAGCCUCCCUGGGUUCCAGCCUCGACAGCCAAACCGGAGUCAGCUUCUGAACGGUUCUCCAAAGACCAGGACUUAAGAUUUUCCCAUGGAAGUGCCCACUGAUCCAGCACCAACCUGAGCUCUACAGGCGACAAGCAGGUAUCGGAUUCUUGAAAAUGAAUGUUUAGUGACGAAAGCAAAGUGUCAGAUGAUUUGACCUGUGGAUCUGAGAGCUUCCACAGUUGGAGGCCAAUUCACCGGACUUCAGUUUUGAACGCUUUAUUUAUUUUUUUUUAAGAAUUGAUUGUGCUUUUCACUCCAGUGCCGACUUCUGAGCGGGUUUCGGAAAGUGUUUGACUCGGCAGCGUGAUAAAUGUGAAGUGGGGGGCCCCGGUCGGUCAGUGUAAAUGUGGGAGUCUGCUUCACCCAACCAGAUUUGACCUAUCAGUACCUGUUGUUCUGUCUUUCAAACCUCAAAGUUGUACUGCAAGUAACACACACAGCUGUAAUGCUCUCCUGGCACCAUGUUGACCUUCAUUUGUCUCAUACUUUUUUUUUUUUUUUUAAACUUCAAGACAAAAAAGCUGACUUUUUCUCCAGGGUGAAAAGGCUGUGUCUGUAAAAUGGACAACAAAAUAUUUUGUAUUCUGUGUUUUUCUUGGUUUAGUCAAUAAAAGACCAGUUGCAAAUGCA